AUGAAAUUUAUCAUUGUGCUUGCUGUAUUGUUUGCCGUUGCUUUGGCUCGUCCGGACGUAGAGACGGUACGUCAACAUUCUUUUGUUCAGCCCGAUGGUUUCAAAUUUGGUGUUGAGACAAGUGAUGGUAGUAAACAUGACGCCGAAGGUCAACUGAAAGCUUUUGAUAAAGAUCAUGUCGGUAUCGCUGUUCACGGCUCCUAUCAAUUCGUUGAUAAGGACGGUCAUGCUUACGUAGUUAAUUACGUAGCCGAUGAGAAUGGUUACCACGCUCAAGGUGAUCAUUUGCCUCACGCUUAG